AUGAUCAGAUCAUUGUUAGAGGCCAACAAGUAUGAUCGAUUCACACCAAGAUUGAUGAUACUAUACCAUCAGUUGAAGCAGUUGGAGAUGACUUAUGAGACACUGGACCAAUCGAGCAAUGAUGUCACCGAGCAGUUCAGACAACUUCACGAGUUGCUCGUCGUUGAGGAGCAUCGUAUCAAGUCACCCAUCAACGAAGAGAUCAAGAGGACGACCGAGGAGAUCAACUCAAUCACUCAAGAGAUUACACAUCUGAACAACCUUCAUAAGUGCUUCAACAAGGAUGGCCCCAACGCCCCAGAUCUCUCUAACAAGGUCGAUAAUGAUCAACAGAAUGAGAAUGACAAAGAUGUGGUGGAGGAUGAGGAUGAGGACAAAGACGACGAAGAUGAAGUGGAUAAUGAUGAAGAUGAGGCCAAGGUCGAUAAACAAGGCUUCUUUGACAUACCUCAAGACAACGAUGAUGACGACGAAUGUGUUACACCAACCAAUGUAUUUGAUGAGAUUGUCAAGCUAAUCAAAUCAAUUCAAUCACUCGUCAUUAGUGAUCAAGACAACAACAAUGCUGCCUCUGACCUUGCAAUGGAAAAUGAUCAAUCUAUCUACAUCACCUCGGACAUGGACUUGCUACACGCCAUCAAGGAGUGUGAUGAGUUGGAACAGAUCAUCAAGGAAGCCAUCGAGGUCAAUAUAAAACUGAUCGAUGGACACGAUUACCACAAUCACUACUUCUCGCUCACUGCCAACAGUUGCAUGUUGUUCAAUCCGGACAAAUCUCCAAUAUCAAUGUAUGGCUAUCAAUCAAGGACAGACAUUGACCACUCAACAGUGUAUGCUCGCAAUAAUGUCUAUAUCUUUGGUGGAACGACAGAGGCUCAUUUGAACUCAUAUGAUCGGUUCUCACUUCCCCAAGAGCGUUGGUACAAUGCACUCCCAUUCAAUGGCAACGUAACUGGUGCCCACAACAUGUCGGCUUGUUAUGAUGGAGACCAUUACAUCUACUUGUUCGGUGGAAUUAUCGAUGCAAAGGCCAAGAUUUACAGCAGGGAUAUCAAUCGAUUCGAAAUUGAGACACAAGAGUUCAGCCAUUUCGUAUCACUCCCAACACCUGUCCACUCAGCAUGGGUCUCUUUCUAUAAUGGUAAGCUGUUGGUAGUCGGCGGAACAACUCCAGAAGACAAACCACUUGGAACCAUCAUGGUACUCGACAUUGAGAGAUUACAAUGGGAGAUCAUGUGUGAGGGUCUGGAUAUCGGACUCAAGAAUUCAAGUUGUUUGGUUGGCAACGACAUCUAUAUUUUGUCAUGCAAGAAACAAACAGUAUUCUUUAAGGUCUCUUUGGAGAACAGUUUGGUGAGGACACUCUCAAAUCCAUCCACUCGGCCAUUAUUAAUCCCCCUCAACAAGAUGUUCUAUGAUGGCACAAAUAUCAUAUUUCUGAACGGAAAAGGUGCAAACAGGAGGUACUGCCUGGACACACAAACAUGGGAGCGUAUCAGCGACAACUAUCGAACAGAUAGAUAUGCUACUGAUGGUGGAGUAUGUCCAAUAUUUGAUUGA